UUGUGACAUAUUUAAUCCGGAUAUGUUAGUUACACUAAUUCAACAGCUUCAUCGGAAUCAAACAACAACUGAGAUUUAAAAAUAACGGAAAAUACCUCGUCGUUAGGCAACCACCUGCGGAGGAAUAAUAAUCAAACACAGACAGCGGCGCUUGUGUUAUUGAGUUUAAUCGAGCGUCUGAAAUUGAUUACUCAUGUCUGUUUAUUUAGGUAUUUAGAAACCUUUUUUCUUUCGUUUUUAUAUGUUUCCAGUACUGUUAUAUCUCGUUACUGUUUGAGGUAAUUGAAAAGAAGAAUAAAAAAUAGACUGUAGACUGAAUUAUAUUAAGACGAAGGGGUUGCGUCACGAGACGCUCUGCGGAUUGGCUAACAGGCAUACGCUUUAAUGAAUAUUAAUGAGCACGUCCCUUACGCUUCAGGAAGGUUACCCAGCGUUCUAAUUAAUAUUCAUGAGCAAACCCUGGCUGUAGUAGGUUGUGUUCGGACGCAGUUCAGGAUGGGUUUGAUUCAGAGCGUGUUUGCUGCAGAGGGUGGAUAUCAUGUGCAUGGGAUUCAGGAAAACUCUCCAGCAGAGAGAGCCGGCCUGGAGCCCUUCUUUGAUUUCAUUCUGUCCAUUGGACACACCAGACUGAGUAAAGAGAGCAGUCUGCUGAAGGACCUCCUGAAGGCCAACGUGGAGAAGCCGGUGAAGCUGGAGGUGUACAGCAGUAAAGUGAUGAAGAUCAGAGAGCUGGAGGUCGUUCCCAGUAACAUGUGGGGCGGCCAGGGCUUGUUAGGGGCCAGCGUUCGCUUCUGCUCUUUCCAAGGAGCCAAUCACAACGUCUGGCAUGUGCUGGACGUGGAGGUGGACUCUCCUGCUGAACUGGCUGGACUCGAACCCUACUCUGACUUCAUCGUGGGCUCAGACCAGGUGCUGCAGGAGUCGGAGGACUUCUUCUCUCUGAUCGAGGCGUGCGAGGGCAGAGCUGUGAAGCUGCUGGUGUAUAACACACAGAGCGACCGCUGCAGGGAAGUGCUGAUCACUCCGAACAGAGCCUGGGGCGGAGAGGGAAGUCUGGGUUGUGGCGUAGGGUUUGGGUAUCUGCAUCGUAUUCCCAUGCGUCCGCAUCAGCACCAGAACUCAUCCGAAACCCAAGAGGACCAACAUUGCUCUGAGUUAUUAUUAGAAAACUCCUCAGACGAGACGGGACGUGGUGUGACGUUCAUUCAGGACACGACUGAAGCUUCAGCAGCAUGUGAGAAAACGCCUGAUGAUGAUGAUGAUGAUGAUGAUGGAGGCGUCUGCGGCAGUGAAAAUGCAUCAGCUUUAAGUCGAUCUGAAGACGGCGAGGUCCAGAAGGACGAUUCGGGGAUCUACGACAUGCAAACACCCGCUGUGAUCUUAAAUAUGGAACCAAAGGAUGACGAGGUUGUACCAUUUCCCCCGAAAACCGUCUCAUAAGUGUGACUCGGAGAUGCAUGGAUUCGUGAGCGUGUUCUCAGGAGGAUAAGACAUUAAAAGCACGUCACUGAAACUAUUUACUGCUGUUAUAAAGCGCUGACAUGCAGGAGUGCACAGAAAAGAUGCUUUAUUUAAUAUGAUACACAAACACAAACUAUAUCUUCAUCAUCCGUGCAUCUCACAAUAAAUGUCUACAGUAUACUUCACCCCAAAACCAAAGAAAAAAUAUAAACGGUAUUGGAUUUCCUUUAGAGGUUUUGCAUUGUGGCAUUAUUUUAGUUAAUUUUUUUACUGUUAUUUUAUUAUCUUCAGCGGUGAUUUUAAUUACUGUAAUACAGGAAUAUCUCAGGAAAGCGGCUGGGAAUGUUUUGGACACUGGUCCAUUAAGCCAUGCAGUUUAUUUUACAAAAAUAUAAUUAAUAAUCAGGUUAUUUUAUUUGAUAAAUGCAUAAAAAUAUAUAUAUUUACAUUUAAAAUAUGUAUUAAUUUGAAUAUUUUU